CAAAUCUGGUAGGCGUUGGUGACUCGUGCAGCGUAGGCCUCUGUCCCGGGCUCCCGAAGCCGAGGCCUGCAACUGGGAGCGCGGCGGCGGCCAUGGCCCUCUAUGAUGUAUACUCGCACCCGGCGGAGAUCAUCUACCGCUCGGGGCUGUGCUCCAAGGCCGCCUUAUUCCUGCUGCUGGUCUCCGGCCUCACCUACAUCCCGCCGCUGUUCGUGGCCUUCCGGAGUCACGGUUUUUGGUUGAAGCACAGCAGCUACGUGGAGCAGCCAACUGUCCAGUACCGACAUGAGGUGCUUUUAGUGGUUUUGCUGAGCUCCACUUCUGGAGAGUAUCUAGCCUGGAGCACAUUCCCCACUUUUAACCAGUUUCAAGGGGAUAAUCUUCGGCUGCCAGUGGUAUUGGCCAGAGAAGAGGACAGGAACCAUGAUGGGAAAAUGGAUGUGUUAUAUUUCAACUUAGAGCUUCCACUGAAGCCUACUGAGCAUGUCCUCGGGGUCCAGCUUAUUCUGACCUUUAAUUACCAGCUGACUAGGAUGUCAAGAUUUGUGAUGCAGAGCAUGGCGUUUCUGCAGUCAUUCUCCCCUAUCCCAGGUUCCCAGCUGUCUGUGAAUGGAGACCUGAAGCUGCAACAAAGACAGCCUUUGAAAAGUCAUGGGCUAGAUAACAAAUACAAUGUGUCAGUGAUCAAUGGGACGAGCAUCUUUGCAAGUGACUAUAGAUUCAAGAAAAUUGCUGCUGCAUACUAUGAAAGGAAUGUGACCACGAUCUUGGCUGAUCCCAGCCCUAUUUGGAUGGUGGGAAGGGCAGCAGAAGCACCAUUUAUACUUAAUGCUGUCAUUCGCUAUCCCGUGGAGGUCAUUUCCUAUAUGCCAGGUUUCUGGGAGACAAUCAAGUUUGCCUGGAUCCAGUACAUCAGUAUUCUGCUUGUCUUCCUUUGGAUAUUUGGAAAAAUCAAGAUGUUUGUUUUUCAGAAUCAAAUGGUGACCACAGUCCCUGUGACAUCAAUGACCCCAGUGGAAAAUUAUAAGGAGCACUUAUCUUAACAAGCAGCCCUUCUAAAAAUGAAUGGGCACAGUCACAUCUACCUCACUGUGAACUUUAGAAAAUUGUCUUUGCAUGAUCCCUUUUUGGAAGGAGACUCUGCCACCAUUUUCUAGUAGUCACAAAUAUGAGGAAGAACAGACAACAGACCACUCUGACAUCUUGGAAAGUGUUCCAUUUUUGAUGACUCAAAGAUCUUUCCUCUCUGGAUCUGGAGGCCACACAUUAUGCAUUUUCCCCUAUCCCAAACCCUUGAUUUCCGUAGGGCUAUCUUCUGAUAGGCAUGCAAAUCAUCAACACUCAUUUUUUCGUACACAUUUGCCAUUUAGAACUUUAACUAGAAGUAGAUGUCUGUAUGUAAGAGAUUUGGGGACAGGAAUGGCACCUACCUGCCCUUGGUUCAGCAAGCACCUACAUGCCUCUUAUCAGGUAGUCCAACCACCCUUUUACUCAUGUCAUCUUCUGUUCACUGUUCUAUCUCUCUCUGAAACUUGGGAUUGAAGACAGGUACUUCAUCCCUUUCUAUUCCGAAUCCAUAAGAUGUUGCUAUGGAGACUAGUAUUGUAACAACUGCUUUUCUUUCCAGCUGAUGCCUAAAAUCUUGAAUACCGAAUGACCAUCACCCAUCUACUCUGGCCUCCUGUGAGAGGAUCUGUUCUUAGUUCAAAUUAAUGCAACAUUUCUUAAGGGCCUACUCAGCACAAGGCAUUGGGUACAAAGAUAAAAUACAACACAGGCCUUGUUUUCAAUGGACAUGACCUAAUGGGAAAAGGACAAGUACACAAAUAACUAUUAUUCAAGGGAGAAUAUGAUAAGUGUAUAGGAGAAGCCCAGGCAAAACGCUGUGAGAAGUUGGAGGAGGCAGAGAGAAGGGAAGCUGCCAUGAAAAAGGCAGAUUCUGAGUUGGGCCUAAAAGGAAGAGAGUCUUGGGGGUGUGGGAAUUCAGGGGGAUCUUGAGAGCACAGACAUGGAGACAGACUAGAACAGAACGAGAAAACUGAACGGCAUGCUGGAGUAGAAGGUGGGAGUCAAAGACCUGGGUUCAAAUCUAGGCUCUGAUAAUCACUUAAUCUCUCUGUGACUCAGUUUCCUCACUGAUAGAGAAGGUUGGGCAGAUGAUCUCUAAGGUACCUUUCAGUCGUAUGAUCUUGUGAAUCUCAGUGAAGCAGAAGCUUUCACCAAAUGCAGGCAUCCUCUGAAAUGUAGAUCCCGCUUCUCAAUGAUCUUGUGAAUCUCAGUGAAGCAGAAGCUUUCACCAAAUGCAGGCAUCCUCUGAAAUGUAGAUCCCGCUUCUCAAUGAUACAAGAAAAGACAGAAGAGUCAUUGUUGUCAGCUCUGGUCACCCAUUGCCCAAUGACAGGAGAAAAAAUGAACCUCCCUUCAACAUGUUGGCAUGGAAACAGACCAGGAAGGGAGCCUGGGUUCUUGGAUUGGCUGCUGCCCAAUCAUCCUGAGGAGAACAGACAAAUGCUUUGAAGGGUAAAGGAAUUUGCUUUGUGGCAUUGACGAGAUGUUUGGAGCUAGAGAGACGUCCUCCACUUGUAACUGAUGCCCUCACUGUUACCUGAAGCUCCUGCUUCGAUGGGCCACCUCCUCAACUCUGGGCACUUUAUUGGAAAAACUAAUGGCUCUCAUUUCAGAAGCACAUCUUUUCAGGAUUCUGACCUGGCCAAGAUGGGAGUCUGGGAAAACAAAGCUGUUUUAAUUUAUUCAAGCACAGAAAUGCCUGAACAACUUUAUUAAUGUUGGAAAAUUUUUCUUUUCUUCUUUCUUUUAACAUCUAGGAAUGUAAAAAUGCCAGAAUAGAUUUUCUUCAAAUAUAAUCUAAAAAUAACUUCUGGGAUUCAAACCAAAUAAGAAAAAAAAGGUGGUAAGACAUUGGGAGAGGAAGGGGAGGGGAGGACCUGUUUAAGCCAUGUAUUAUGAACCUUACUUAAAAUUUUGUUAAAUAGAUUCAAUGUAAAAUUUGUAUGUAUAAAGAACUAUGUGAAGAUUCCUUAAUUUUGUAUCUUUAUUAUUAAAAUGUUCCAAAUAUA